UCUAAUUGAUAAUUUAGAUAGUUCGACAAGAAGCAAUUAUGAAUUCAAAGCAAGCGGAAAUAUUGCUGGCAGUGUUAUACACCGGAUCCGUGGUAUUCUCCGUCACGUCUGUUAUAUCUUUUGUGACCACAUGGCAGAAUUGGACAAUGACGUUAGAUGGUUGUAUCGAUGUCAAUUGCGGCUGUAUAUUAUAUGGUAUCAAUACAUUUCGCACGUUUCUCGGCGGUGACGAGAAACUGUGCCACUUCGCCGCGUACGCUCUCACACCCAUCAUAGUAAUCAGCAUGUGUCUUGGUGCCUAUCAUGGAUACAGAUGUUGCAUACAUAAAAAUUUAGACGACCCUAAGCAAAUUAAUCGCGAACAAGUGUGCCAUGACGACAGAAGAAACCUUAAUGGAUAUGUUGUGGUUCAUGUAAAAAAGAGAGUUGCUUUUAAGUGGUGGGUGCCUAUCGGUUUCCUCGCAGCGUUUGUCUGUUGCCUGUCUCUCGCCCACGCGGUCGUAAUAACCGACGGCUAUUACAAAACUUGCGAACAAUAUAGACGAAAUCUCAUUCAACUCUUGGGUUCGAGAGGCCGCGAAAUUUUAGCAAUUCAUAACAGGUUAUCGUGCGGAGCGAUUUUCGAUUUCAUGGAUUAUGUUCAACCAGAUAAAAAUCACUGGAGUCGCACUGAGAUGAAUACCGGGAUCGCGCUUCAACUCGCAAUAUAUACGAGCUGGUUCAAUUUCGUCGCUUGGAUAACCGCGUGCUCUAUAAACUUCAUCAUGGCGAGAGAAGAAAGGCAGCGAAAUUUAGAAGAAAAAUUUUGCUGCUGUUGA